CGGACUCGUUGAGCAGCGCACGGCGCCAUGGCGGCCGCCGGGGGCUGAGGGCAGAGCCGCCAUGUUCUGCAAGGCGUUCCGAGUCAGGGCCAGCACCGCCAUCAAGGGAUCCGAGCGGAAAAAGCUGCGAGGUGAUGUUGCGGCUGCUUUUCCCAGUCUGAGCGCUGAGCGGUUGGCGGAGUUGAUUCCAAACAAGGAUGAGCUGAAUGUCAUCAAGAUAUACACUCAUAAAGGGGAGGCUGGCACUGUGUACACGAAUAGCAGGAACCCGAUCCUGUUUGAGAUUGAAAAAGCUCUGUAUCCCACAGUGUAUACUCUGUGGGUCUACCCAGAUCUUCUCCCUGCUUUUUCAACAUGGCCCCCUGUGCUACAGAAGCUAGCAGGAGGAGCAGAUCUGAUGCUGCCAGGAGUUGUAGUGCCAUCUUCUGGCUUUCCACAAGUAGAGCGAGGCACGCUCUGUGCUGUCACCCUCCUGGGAAACAGAGCUCCUGUAGCAGUUGCAGCUGCUGCUAUGUCCACCACAGAGAUGCUGGCUGCUGGAAUGAAAGGCAAAGGCUUUGCUGUGUUGCAUACUUACAUGGAUCAUCUCUGGGAAUAUGGUGACAAAUCUUGUCCUCCUACCUUAGCUCCAUUGGUAGCAGAUCCUGCUGAAAAGGAGAAUGCUGAAAAUGAGGAAGAGGUGGAGGGGAAAAAGCCUGGCAACAGGUUCUCCACUGACACACCACAGCAUGUGAACAUUGGUGAUUUGAGCCUGAAGGAGCAAAAUAGUUGUGCAGUAGUGAUGGGAAAGGAGGAACUCAAUGAGAGCAGAGCUGCAGAACCAGCUGAGGAUGGUAGCACAGGGGCUCAGCAGGAUGCAGAGGACAGCAGGACACCACAAGAGCAAAUGGAUGCACUAUUUAAUCAGUGCUUUUUUCAUGCUCUAAAAUGCAAAGUGAAGAAGUCAGACCUCCCUCUGCUCACCAGCACAUUUCUACGCAGCCAUAUGUUCUCAUGCUGCCCUGCUGGACAGCAGCUGGAUAUAAAGAAGUCAAGCUAUAAGAAGUUUUCUAAAUUCCUGCAAAGUAUGCAGCAGCAGAAGAUCUUACAAGUGAAGGAGCUGACCAAGGGUGUGGAAAGCAUUGUGGAGGUGGACUGGAAGCAUCCAGACAUUAAAGCAUUUGCAGUACCUGAAGGAUUUUCUUCAGCCUCUGCUGCCCAAGACAGCAAGAGUGAAGACAGGGAACAAGUAUACCGUGCUCCUGAAAUCAUACCUCUGUAUGGGGUCUCAGCAAAGAUGGUGCCACUCUUUCAGGAUUCUGGACACAGAAAAGGAAGCAUCCUCUCGAGCAGUGAGGUGAGAAACAUCAUCAUUAACUACGUGAAGACUAACGAGUUGGUUGAUGAAACAAACAAGAACUUUGUGAAAGUAAAUGCCAUUCUGUGUGACUGCCUGCUGGAUAAAUCAGAGCAAGAUGAAAUCUCACACCUGAAGUGGGAUGACCUUGUGAGCAGGUGCCUCGAGCGUCUGCAGCCCUUACACCAGGUGACAUUUUGUGGACAAGAACCCAUUGUGAGGAAAGGAAGCAUUGAGCCCAUUGACAUAAGCACUGCACAGAGGUCGUCAAACAAGAAGGUGACAAUCAUCAGGAACCUCGAGCUGUAUGGUUUAGACCCACAGUGUGUGGCCAAUAUUCUACAACAGAAAGUUCAGGCCAGCACCACCAUCACCCCAGUGCCUGGAGCAAAAGACAGAGUUCAGGUCCAGAUCCAAGGCAACCAAGUCCAUCAUCUGGCCAAGAUGCUGCUAGAAGAAUACCAACUACCUCGGAAAUACAUCCAAGGCCUUGAGAAGGCUCCAAAGCUCGGCCGGAAAAAGUAGGAGAGAAAUCUAUUGUAAGAAUUAAUCAGCUCUCAUUAUUUAUAGAAACGUCCUGCCAACAGAUCAAGGUUGUGUACAGGCCUUAUUCAUUCAAAGCCCUGCAUUUCUACAUGGGCUGGGAUUAUCCCAAAUAAUAAUGUUGCUCUAAGUGAUCGUUUUUCAUAAGAAUAAAAAGCUGAAAAAAAAUUAA